AUGAAUCUAAGAGAAUGGGCUUUAAAUAAUGAAGAGGUCAAUUCACUCUUUUCUCCUGAAGACCGUGCAGAAGUGAAAUCAAUGAAAGUGCUAGGGCUUGAAUGGAACUUGGAAAGUGAUACUCUUUCAUAUCGUUCUGCAAAAAUGCUAUGCCAUAGUCUUCAUGCUACCAAAAGGGAAAUUCUAAAAUACAUUGCAUCCAUUUUCGAUCCACUAGGCUUGAUUAGUCCUGUUAUCCUUGAUGCUAAAUAUUUUCUACAAGAACUGUGGAAUAAACACCUAGAGUGGAAUGAUGCCCUCAGUGAUGAUGAUCAAAAGAAAUGGAUCUCAUUAGAGAAACAACUGAUGAAUGUGGAACAUGUCUGUAUACCAAGAUCUAUAUCUGCAAACUGUUCAAAACUAGUUGAAUAUCGCAUUGUAUGUUUCUGCGAUGCAUCACAAAAAGCGUACGCUGUUGCAGUAUACUUACAUCAACGGUCAGAAGAUACAACAAAAGUAGAUCUCAUCUUUUCAAAAACACGUUUAGCACCUUUGAAAAAGCUUUCAAUUACAAGACAAGAACUCUUAGCUCUUGUUAUAGGUUUACGAUGUUUACAGUUUGUUAAGAGUCAUCUUCAUUUACCAAUACUUGAUUCAUCCAUAUGGACUGAUUCGCAAUGUGUCCUACAUUGGUUACAUACAAAAAAGCAAUUAUCAGUAUUCGUUAAAAACCGUGUUAAUGAAAUAAAGAAGAUUUCAGAAAAUGUUACAAUAUCCUAUGUUCCAUCUAAAGACAAUCCAGCAGAUAUUGCAUCUCGUGGCACACUUUGCCAAAAUCUUAUGAAUAACAAACUUUGGUGGGAAGGCCCAGCUUGGCUUAAAAAUGAGCCAGGUGAAUGGCCCCAAUUUAAAGUUCCGCAUAAUAGCAAAGAAGAUAACAGUUAUGAAUCUGAGAUACGUAAAUUAAAGAAACCUAGUGAGAUUAGUUUGGUACAACCAUCGCGUGGCACAAAUACAAUUGAAAACACUAGUUCAGAUGAAAAUACUGGUCCAUUAACAAUAAACAGCCAACGGUUCUCUUCACUUACAAAACUUCUUAGAGUUACUGCUCUUGUGCUAAGAUUUGUGAGAAAACUACAAAAGAAAAAUACAACAAGGUAUAUCACAUGUGACGAAAUUAAAGAGUCUGAAAACAUGUGGAUAAGACACAUUCAAAGAUUAUAUUACAAAGACGUAUUUGACGCCAUUUCUUGUGGUAAGCAAAACAAUAUUCAACAACAGCUUGGAAUUUACAUUGAUACAUACGGAAUCCUACGCUGUAAGGGGCGACUUGAAAAUGCUGACAUAAGUGAAAGUGCACGUUGUCCGAUACUUCUUCCAAAAUAUGACUGGUAUACACGUCUUAUUGUAGCUAAAACACAUACAGAAAUUCUUCAUAGUGGUGUUUCACAAACGUUGUCUGUAGUGCGAAAUCGCUUUUGGAUUCCGCAUGGUCGUGCUAUUGUUAAAUCAGUGUUAAAAUCAUGUAUGAUCUGUCGCCGAUUUGAAGGUGGCCCGUACAAGAUGCCACCGUUUUGCUCAUAUCCAAAAUCCCGUGUAACCGAAGGUAUUCCAUUUUCUAGAAUUGGAAUAGAUUACAUGGGUCCUUUAUAUUCAAAAACAAAUAAAGACAGUGAAAAGAAAGUUUGGAUUUGCCUGUUCACAUGCCUUAUGACGAGAGCAAUUCACCUAGAAAUUGUAUGUGACAUGACAACAGCUGAAUUUCUCAUGUGUUUCAGAAGAUUUGUAGCACAAAGAGGUUCUCCUACCCUUAUUAUCAGUGACAAUGCCUUACAAUUUCGUACGGCAGAUAAAAUUCUUGAUCAUCUUUGGAAUAAAAUUCCUAAAAAUGCUGAAAUAAUGAGUAAUGUUUCAAAUGCUGGUAUAAAAUGGAUGUUUAACGUAGAGUUGUCUCCCUGGAUGAGAGGCUUUUACGAAAGGCUAGUUGCUUUAGUAAAAAGGUCAUUAAAGAAAGCCAUUGGUAGAAAAAUGUUAUCAAUAGUGCAGUCACAAACUCUUAUUAAAGAGAUAGAAGCAGUUAUAAAUUCAAGACCUUUAGUUUAUGUUGGGGAUGACCUGCAUUCUAAUAUCCCUAUCACUCCUGCUCAUUUUCUGUCAAAUAAUCCGAAAAUUGGGAUUCCUGAAUUAGAAAUCGACAGUGAUGACGAUUAUAUUCCAAUUGAAAGCACAAAAGAUAAUUUACUUAAACUAUGGAAAAAAGGUCAAAGGUUAUUGGAUAUAUUUUGGAAAACUUGGAAAGACGAAUAUUUACUAAGUCUCCGGGAAAGAUACCAAAACACGUUUAAAAAUCACCCGGGUCAAAUGCAGUUUAAACCUAAAAUUGGAGAUAUAGUGUUAGUAAAAGAUGAUACUUCAAGAGGAAAUUGGAAGUUUGGAAAAAUUACACAAUUGAUUAAAAGUAGAGAUGAUGAAUGUCGUUCAGCUAAAGUUUUAAUUUCAUCUGGAAAUGAACUAGGACGGCCGUUAAAUUUGCUUUACCCAUUAGAAGUUUCGGGAGAAGAACAACAAUCAGAGUUAAAAGAUGAAACUUCUGAACGUUGUAAAAAUACAAUUGUUUCUCGUUGUCAAAGACAAGCAGCGAUAAAAGCAAAAUGUAAAAUCAAACAGUUGUUGAGUGAUAACAAUAAAUGA